UCAGUUCGUUUUGUUGUCAUCAGCCACAUUUAUGCUAAGUUGUUUUUACCAGAUUUUUAGUGGAACAUUUUAGUUUUUAUUCUUCCAUUUAGCUUCGAUUUUAUGAUCAAAGAUGCCAAGGAUGGUACGGACCGUUUUCUCGAAACUUCCUAACGAAUAGAUCGAGUGAAAGUUACCGUUGUGUCCUACACUCGACAUUGAGGUUAGAAUCCGAUAACCCACUUUUUCUGGAGCAACGAAUUUAUUUCUUCACGCUAAUCGUUCAUCACUGGACUUUCUUUCGGUCCUCGUCAAACGACAAACCCGUCAGAUGAUGUGACGAUCGUAACUGAUUUGACUUAAUUUCAUUUCUACAGAGAAUUUACUUUGUUUGCAAUACCUUGUCACUUUCCAAGAGUUCUGUCAAAAUUGCAUGAUCAUUUUUGCAAAUAAAAAUUUUGCACACUGACGUGUAUGCUCAAAGUCUUUGAAGUAUAAUAAUUUUGGAACAAUUCCAUGAUACCCAUAACGAUAAUUAUGUGAUAUCGCAGGUAGUGACAUUUAUUAAAUGGUGAUCACCAGUGUCAUGGAGAGGAGAAUCAAAUUGAAGACAUUAAACAGUCAUAUAACAUGCAAGAUAUGCAGAGGAUAUUUGAUAGACGCCACUACUGUGACAGAAUGUUUACACACUUUUUGCAAGAGUUGUUUAGUAAAACAUUUAGAAGAAAAACACACCUGUCCGACAUGUCAGAUAGUUAUACAUCAGUCGCAUCCGCUUCAAUAUAUAAGUUUCGACAGAACUAUGCAAGAUAUUGUCUACAAAUUAGUUCCUGAUCUUCAAGAAAAUGAAAUUAAAAGAGAAAGAGAAUUUUAUAGAGCAAGAGGUUUACCUUGCCCCAAAGAUAUCCUACCUAAUGCCGGAGAAGUUGAGGAAGAAAAAGCAACUGCGGAUGCACACGCCGAAUCAGACUACCAUCGUGCAGAUGAACAGGUUAAUGUAUGCUUGGAGUGUAUGAACACAAGUCUGAAGACUUUGAAACGAAGAUUUAUUAGGUGCUCUGCCCAAGCAACUAUCACGCAUUUGAAAAAAUUCAUUGCAAAGAAGGUAUUGAACGGAAUGGAAAAAUAUCGGGAUAUUGAUAUUUUGUGCAAUGAUGAACUAUUAGGUAAGGACCACACGUUAAAGUUUGUUUAUGUAACAAGAUGGAGGUUCCGGGACCCACCCUUAAGGCUACAAUAUAGACCACGAAUAGACAUUUAAGACUAAUAUUUCUGUGUUCAGUAUCCGAUGGAAAUCACAACAAAUCUGUGACUUUGUUUAUAUGUUUCCAAGUUCUAUCCGUGUAUUGUCCGUUGUAGUACUUAUUUCUAUAUUCCCGCACAGGAAGAAUUCAAGAUUGAAUUUCGCAGGCGGAAACGGUUUUUCGUGGCAAAAGAAAAAUGACUUUAGACUUAUAUCUUUCUACUGUAUUAACUUAACCAGAAUAGUCGUUAGCAACAUGUUUUUAAAAGUAGCAAUUCCAUUCUCCUAUAUUCGAUUAUCUUUUAACUUACUUUUUAAUUACACUGAGUUACAUUAACUCAGUUCUUUAAGUUUUAUUUCGUUAGCUUUCCUUAACGUACAUUCAUAAGUAGGCCAAGAAAACAAUGCGACACUGUACACGAGAGGAAAAAAAGCUUUGUGUCUGUCUACAAAAUCGCAGAACUGUAUAUCUAUUUAAUUGAAAUGUUACGUAUUCUUCUAUCGUUCUUUUAUAAAAACUUGGACCUUCUUUGUUCUGAGAUAGGAAAGUGGUGGACAGUGUCUACCGCGAAUGAAGAUUUGUUACUUUUUCCGUACACGACAACGGAACAAUUCUUCAUAAUCUUAAGACGUGACUUUCUUUUUAUACAUACCCUAAUUGUAUAUAGAAUAUUUUUUGACAGAAUUCUGAUAAUAUUGCGCGUAGACGCAGCUUUGUAUUAGAGAAAAGAAGGAAAGAAAAGAAGCCGGCACCAGACGGGAUUGUUUGGUGCCCUUUUAACUUUGUAUGUUUAUGCGCUGUACACAUUCUAACUCAGCCCCGAGUUUCUCUCAAUGCCGAACAAUAACAGAAUUUUAUCAGAUGUGACAUAUUUUCUCGAGUGAUUUGAUAAGGACAACGACGCGUUGAGCGAAACACGGGGCAUCUUAUCGCUUGUAGUAAAUGAAAUUUAAACAAACAGUGUAAAGCAAAAAAAAAAAAGAACCGUGUGAUUGUAUAUAAAUAUUCUAGGGAAAUGAAAUGAAAUGAAAUCGACUUUAUAAAGUAGCGGCAUUUUACGAAUGCUAGGGCUUGUAUGUUGUACACUAUGUGUGUAUCUUCAUAAAUUAUUAAAUAAAUAUGUUUUGUACAG